AUGGCACGGCAUGGGGAAGUGCCGCCUGUCUUUGGUUCUUCGAUCGCUCCGGCGUACGGAUCUGACAUGCUUCCAGACGAGACGGCUUCUGAAGGGAUUCUGAAAGCCUGUCGCGAAGGCGGGAGCGGGAGCGGAGUGCCUGAGAUUUGGAUCUUAAAGCCAAAAGGGGGUCAACUCUAA